AUGAGUAUGGCUGAGAUGGCUCGACUCAGCUUGGGACCUGGCCGCUGUAUUGCCCAGGUCAGCGCAAUAGGGUUCGACCUUGCGGCUGUAGAAAUAUCCAGAUAUCUCCUCCAUGGCGCCACCUUGGUGCUCAGGGAUCUGGAGGAUCCAUUUGACCACUUGCAUGAUGUACAUACAAUUAUGACUACUCCGUCGUUUAUAGCCGCCUGUUCCCCCGACGUCGUCCUGGAGCUGAGAACGCUCGUCCUGGGGGGAGUGUCCAUCCCCCAGGCGCUGGCGGACGCAUGGGCACAUAAGCAGCUGUUCAUUUAUAGCCCGAGUGAGUGCGGACCCUUUUCCACCCCCAUCCAGCUACAGCAGGGCGACAAAGUGACUAUUGGACGCCGGCUGCCGCAUGUCGACGUUUACAUUUUGGACCACCACCAAUGCCCGAUGGCCGAUGGGUAUUGGAAUAGGAGCGCGACCCCGGCCCGGAAAGCCUUCAUGCCCAAUCCCUUCCGCACCGAGCAGGAGAAGAUCAUGUAUUGCAUGGUCACAUGGACCACCAUCCGCGGUUUCCGCAUAGAACUAGCGGAAGUUGAAAAAGCGGUCAGGCAGGCAGACAAGGCCAUUUCCAACACUGCUGUCAUUGUCGCGGACCAAUUGCGCAUUGUUGCCUUCAUGACCCCUGAUGAUGUUGACCUUGGCGCCCUGCUCCAGGCAUUGUGUCCACUGCUGCCUUCCUAUGUGCGCCCAACCAACAUAAUUUUAGUCCCUGAGCUGCCUCAAUCGGCCAGCAUGAAAGUAGAUCGCAUCGCACUGCAAACCCUAGCCGUGUCCAUCACUCCAGGUCAAGGCGAACUGCCUGAGACACCGACAGAGAAGAUCAUUGCGAAGAUCUGGCGGGAACUGCUUCAAUUGCCUGACGAACGGCGUACUCGGCGUGAUGACGAUUUCAUGGGGAUCGGGGGCUACUCAGUACCGGCCAUCAAGGCAGCUCGCCAGAUCUUGAAGCCACUCCGCCAGAAUAUUCCCCUUAUGCUCAUCAUUUGUCAGACGGCUCUUUCCGACGUGCCGCGGACCAUUGACAGGUUCCAAGCACCUGAAGAGCCAUCAGCCAGAUGCCCCUCUCCUUCUGCUGGACCUUCUGCUAUUCUGAGGCCGUUUAGAGGACAAUCUGCCACAGCGCGCUGGUAA